AUUCUAUACCACGGAAUGCACACGAUUAUGUCGCACUGCAAAGCUACUUUUGUGGUAAAAAAAAUUUGACGUUUUUUGUGAACAUUUUUUUUUAAAAAAAUGAUACGCGUAAUGUUUAACACAAUGCCGUCACGACGAUUGUUCUGAAGCACGGUUUAAGCGUCCGGGAACUAAAAAAUUUAAGAGAAAAAUGGUAAAUUUGCAGUAAGUUUGACAUGUGGGUGACAAAUGGGUCCCAUCAUGGCUUCUAAACAGCAAGAUAUUGAAAUUUUGGAGCUUGAUAGCUGGGAGGAAAUCGAUGAGACUGAUGUUUUAGAAAAGAAGUUAAGCAAAUUAAUAAUGCCUACUAUAAGCGGCAAUAGUUUAAAUGGUGUUUCUAACAAUGCUCCUAUACAAAUCACUAUAACAGGAGAGGAUGCGCUAAGAUCUCAGUAUGUACCACCUGAACCCACAGUAAAAAUACUGAAAAGGCCCACGAAAGACGCUAAGGGUCACCGGGAUUUAAAAAAGGCGGUGCCUAAAAAAACAUUACAGCAACGUGAACAAGAAUAUGCAGAAGCCAGACUCAGAAUUUUAGGAGAAAGUGGUUCAGAUCGACCUGAAGAGAGAAUUAGUAUAGCGAAACCGAGAAAUUCAGAAUUUGAGACAGCCAAGCCAAGUGCUUCAGAGCCGGAAGCCAUAAAAUUAAGAAACACAGAAGGUGAAAAUAUAGUUAGGUUACCUAAGGGACCAGAUGGUACAAAUGGAUUCAGCUUUCGUCGGUAGUACACUGAACUUCACUUUUCUGGUGUGAUUUGUAGAUGUCUAAGAUAUAAAAUCAAUUAAAUUUGGCCCUGAAUGACUGUAAAGUAAUUUUUAAAUUCGGUACAUCACAGGAUAGGCAUAAGAAUUUUAAGGUUCUUUGGGACCCUAUCGGAUUGUUGAAAUUUUAAUCCUCAAAAACAAUUGAAGUGCAAUAUCUGGCCUUUUUGAUCAUAUUUGGUCCAAGUCAGUGGGUUUUAGAUCUGAAAGGUAUACCGCCCAGCUUCAGGUAGGAGGGGCUAAUAUAUCCUUAAAGUGAAUGGGGCCUUAUUAUGUUGGGCAGGUGGAUGUGGUCUCAAGGUGCGGAUUGACUGAGGAACAUAUUUUUUGGACAUACUGUACAUGAAAAUCCGAAAGGUGUAUAUUUUGUAUUGAUUUUUCAUCAAACUAGGGAUGUAAGUUCCAU